AUGGCAAAUAGUUCGGGUUCGUCCACCCAUGGAUGCUUCUUCAGAAUUUCUAUGGAUAAGAAUUUCAACUGGAGCUCUAGCUACCUUGAUAUGAACAUGUCACACUGCCAGAAAGAAAACAUUGGCAUCUCGUUUUCGCAGGGUUUCUAUACUUACGUGACUCCAUUUGUGCUAACCAUUGGAAUCGUUGGCAAUAUCCUCAGUAUCGUCGUAUUUAUGUCUAAAAACAUGAGAAAACUCUCAGCGAGUACUUAUUUGGCAGCACUGUCUGUUUCUGACAUCUGCGCUUUGUUUUUCUAUGUCUUCAUUGAUUGGCUACGGCGGGGGCUCCCAUAUUUUCCAGGAAAAUACGAAGCGACUUUUUUGGAAGAGCAGGGGUUGUGUCAGCUACAGACUUAUCUGAGUUAUGUCAGUAGGUUUGUUUCCGCGUGGAUUAUUGUCACCUUUACUGUGGAGAGAUACAUCGGCGUCUGCCAUCCUCUGAAGCGGAAAGAUAUCUGUGGCAGUCGGUCAUCGCAAAAAGUUAUCGCCAGCGUCAUUGUUAUUGCCUUGGUUUUGAUGGUCUACAAACCGGCAUUGACUGGACGCCACGAAAACACAAGGAUACAACAAACUGUCGCCAGAUGCAGCAGAAAUCCGAAUCUGCCAUUGCUGUCAUUUAUACUCGAUUCCAUUUUCGCACUGUCGAUAACAUUUGUGCCCUUUUUGUUGAUCAGCAUUUUAAAUUUCUUCAUCAUUCGUCGCUUAUAUCUUCGCAACAGGCGAUAUCUUAAAAAGAAUAUCGUCACAGAAGAGAGCAUUAUUCGCAUGGAGUUCACCGUAAUUCUCUUAGUUGUGUCUUUCGUUUACGUUGUUCUUAACUUGCCAUAUUUUUACUUUUGGUGCAAGCGAUUUCUGGAGGUCUUUCAAAGUAAAUCAGCUUUCUUUGAUCAUUCGGAGGCAGAACUGCUGGUAACGCGAGUUGUCUUUUAUCUGAAUUAUUGCAUCAACUUUUUUCUGUACAGCGUGACAGGUGCUUACUUCCGCAAAGAGCUCAAGGUCUUAUUUUGGUAUCAGAAAUAUCAUGAAGUCAACAACUGCUCGCGUUUGAGUAACCAUAGCAACCAUUCCACGCGACACAGUUGGGUAUGA